GAUUAGUGCAUCAGCAGAUAGACUACCACAAAUAAUCGGAUUUGGAUUUAUUAAAAAAAAUACAUUAUAAAAAAAACAACAACAACUUGACGUUUCGCACAGGAAAGAGAGUCUGCGCAUUGUGCGUGCUCCUGAUGUAUGAGUAUAAAUACUCCAGUGCUGGAUGUUAUGUUCAUCAUAUAUGCGUCUGCAUCUGAGCUCGGUUUAUCAGAUAAACGGCGAGGCUGCGGCUCCCGUGUGUUCGAGGAGAGCGGUGUGUCUCGGUGUCGAUAUGGAUCGACGCUACGCACUGGGGAUGUGAUACAACGAUCAAGAGCUGAAGCUGUGUUUAAACCACAUCCAUCGAUGGACGCUCGUGACUCGACGUCCCACACCAAAGGUGUAUCAUCAGCCUCCAGCAGCCAAUGGGAGGAAGGUGGGAUGUGAUUGACAGGCUGAACCUAUGGCAGAGCAGCAGCGUGACACCGGUCCCUUAGUGUGAAUCUACCAUGGACCCCGUUCUCUGUCAGAUGCUGGUCCUGGGAAUGGCUGUAAUGAUGGCCCGUGCGUGCCCCAAGUACUGUGUGUGCCAGAACCUCUCAGAGUCACUGGGGACCCUGUGCCCAGCCAAAGGCCUGCUCUUCGUGCCAUCUGACAUAGAUCGCAGCACUGUGGAGCUUCGGUUGGGGGGAAACUAUAUCCUUCGAAUCACACAACAGGACUUUGCCAACAUGACAGACUUGGUGGACCUUACUCUCUCCCGUAACACGAUAAGCUACAUCCAGCCCUUUUCCUUCGGGGACCUGGAGACCCUCCGUUCUCUUCAUAUGGAUAACAACCGUUUGGUGGAGUUGGGCCCCAAUGACCUGCGAGGACUGGUCAGCUUGCAGCAUCUCAUCCUCAAUAACAACCAACUGGGUCGCAUCUCUAAGAAGGCGUUUGAAGACCUGGCAGCAUCGCUCGAGGAUCUGGACUUGUCCUACAACAACCUUCAGGCUCUGCCCUGGCAUUCAGUCCGGCAGAUGAUCAACCUGCACCAGCUGAGUCUGGACCACAAUUUGCUAGACUACAUCCCUGAGGGGACCUUUGUGGAUCUGGAGAGGCUGGCUCGCUUGGACCUGACCUCCAAUCGGCUCCUGAAGCUUCCGCCGGAUCCUAUCUUUGCCAGGGCACAGGAUUCUGAGGCGAUGACCACACCGUUCGCCCCUCAGCUCUCACUCAGCAUAGGUGGAAACCCACUUCACUGCAACUGCGAAUUGCUUUGGUUCCGGCGUCUGGAGCGAGACGAUGAUCUGGAGACUUGUGCCUCACCUCCUGGCCUGAAGGGCCGCUACUUCUGGAACAUUCGGGAGGACGAGUUUCUGUGUGAGCAGCCUCUGAUUACUCAGCACACUCACAGGAUUCUGGUUCUGGAGGGGCAGACCGCCAGUCUACGGUGCGAAGCCAUCGGAGAUCCCACCCCAACCAUACACUGGGUGACCCCGGAUGAUCGACUGGUCGGGAACUCCUCUCGCACUGUGGUGUACCACAACGGGACCCUGGAGAUCCUGAUCACCACUUCCAAGGACUACGGGACCUUCACCUGCAUUGCAGCCAACAUUGCUGGUGAAUCAACUGCUUCAGUGGAGCUGUCAAUUAUCCAGCUACCCCACAUAAGCAAUGGCACAGGGCAGGCAGCGCAACCCAAGUCCCGACUGUCGGACAUUACCAGCAGCUCCAGGACGGGUAAAGGUGCUCCCAAAGGCCAGCCAGAGAAAGCAGUGUCUGUGUCUGAGGUGACCGCUGUGUCUGCCCUGAUCAGUUGGUCUCUCAGCAAGACUGCUCCCAAAGUGAAAAUGUACCAACUACAGUACAACUGCUCAGAUGAUGAAGUGCUCAUCUACAGGAUGAUUCCUCCCUCCAGCAAGGCCUUCCAUGUCACUAACCUGGUGUCUGGGACUCUGUAUGACCUGUGUGUGCUGGCCGCCUGGGACGACUCGGCCACCACACUCACUGCCACUAAUGUGGUGGGCUGUGUGCAGUUCUACACCAGGGACCUGUACCCGCAGUGUCAGUCUCUGCACGGGCAGCUGUUGGGCGGCACCAUGAUCCUGGUGGUGGGUGGCGUGAUCGUGGCCACGCUGCUGGUGUUUAUCGUCAUCCUGAUGGUGCGCUACAAGGCGGGGGACAUCGGAGGGGGCAGCGAAACCCCUGUCAGCAAGCUGAGCAACGUCAGUGAGACGUACUCUCAGACCAACGGAGGGAGGCCGGGGCAGAACGGAGUGCCUCUGCUGGCACCCAAGCCCAAAGCCAGCAUGCAGGAUGAAGCGGUUGAAUUCAAGUGCAGUUCGCUCCAGAGCAGCAUGUCCUCUUCCUCCUCCUCUUCCUCCUCAGGUUCAGCAGAUCCCACGUCCUACAGCCCCAACAGUGCCCUCGCCAACAUCUGGAGGUCUGCGCCUCCUAGGCCUCGCACCAACUUAGACCAGCUUCUAGGGGCCUUCACAUCGCUGGAGCUUCGGGGCCAGACCAAGGAGCCGCGAUCACCUGAGGGCCCGGUAACUGCAGCUGCUGCUUCGGCCCCGGCUGGCCCGACUGACAAGGAGCCUCUGUUGGGCCGGACGCUGGACUCACGGCUUAGCAAGCUGCUCAUGUUACCUCUGGACUCCAAACCCAAGAGGAGCCACUCGUUCGACAUGGGUGACUUCACGGUGUCGACGGCACAGCAGCUGUGCUCGUACCCGCGCAGGAUCAGCAGCAUCUGGACUAAACGCAGUCUGUCGGUGAACGGCAUGCUGCUGCAGUGUGACGAGGACAGGGACAGCUGCGGGAGCAAAGGCACCACUGAGAGCUCCGAGUGGGUUAAAGAGAGUACUGUUUAGGGGCCAGGACGCACAGGAAGAAAGAUGAUAUAAACCCAAUCAUUCUUGACUCUGAAUAUGUUUUUUAUUAUUGCUAUUCGUCUUGCAUAUCCAGAACAGAUGCAGCAUUCUGGGGGUGAAUUCACAAAAUGGUUGAACCUCUUCAAAACCGGUCAAAUCUUGAACAUGAAACAUCUUGAAAAUGCCUAAUUUCUGAGUCAAGUAGGCUCAUUGUAGAUGGCACCUUCAGCCCAAAAUAUACAAUGAGAUAUAGAUGCGUGAGGUUUGGCAUUCAGUGCGACAUGCUAAAUUUGUUAUGUGCAGUGUACAUCCGCCAUCUGAUUUUUGGAGGGUAUUAGAGAUCACAGAUUUGGUUUAAAAGAGUUAAAAACAAUACUUGUUAUCGGCCAUAACUUAUGGGGAGAACGCAUCUAAUGCAUUGUAAUGUAUUGAACUGGUGUCCGUCUGCAUUGGCAAUGUCAGUGAGACACAGAACUCUGAUUAGCUGUUCAGCUUGAUGCUCAAAAAAAUAAAAAAUAAACAGAAAUCGAUCAAAGCAAGCAAAUCAUGGUUUGUAUAUAGGCAGUCCUAGUUUCGGUUUCCCUUUUUGAAUGAUGAAUAUAUUCCCUUGAUUCCUGAUGGUACAGUUAUUUCCUCUCAUGCAGACACAGACUGUACCUGCUAGUUUGUCAUUGGCUGUAGGCUUGCAGUGUGUUCAAGCCCAAUAUUGUAGCCCAGACAAACAAGACCGCCAGCUUUAGUCGCCGCUAGUUCUUUGACGUCGGUUUGGUGGGUCAGGGCCUUUAGAUGAUCUGCACAAAUCCUAAACCUGUGCAGGUGAUGCGUCGGUGCUCGUGAUUCAUUCCUAGUGAAUCCCCCCAGUCUGCUGUGCUGACUCAUUGGUGUGUGUGUGUGUGUGUGUGUGACUUCUUUAUGUCUUAUUAGUGUCUGAAUCAGACAGGUUGGAAUAAAUGGGGGAUAAACUCUUGCGCUACUGUGGUUUUUCAAAACUGGUAUAGAAACUGAAGCACAUAGACAGAGGAAACUGUAGUAAAGUGCCAUGCUAGCAGUUUCCCUGAAGAGCAGCAUAAAAACUCUGUGAAUAUCUUAAUGUGCUACACUGUAAUGAAUUUAAAAAUGUAUAUAUUUGUUAUCUUGUUGGUCAAACGCUCCUCUUUCUUGAUGAAAGAGACUUCCUGAACCUUCAUUUAUCUCACUCCCUUCAACUUCUCGUUUACUCAUUCUUGAGAAAUCAUGUGUAUGAUUUCACUGAAUCCUCAGAUAUUUGAAGCUGGCUGUUUACGUGUGUGUUUUUUUAUUUAUUUUUUAUUUUUUUAUUAUUAUUCCUGUAUUUACGAAGGUGAUGCAAAGACAUGAGACAUUAAUAAUGAAAAACGGCUGUGUGAAGAUAUCUUGAAACUUGUCUGUUGUGUUGUUUUAAGUCAUGUAAUAAUAUAAAUUAACUUUAUUUUGGCUAGUCCAGUGGUUCUCACACAGGGGCCGGUGUCCAUUCGGGGGCCUCCACUAACUUUCAAGGGGGUGUGGGAUGAUGUAAAAACCAUCAAAAUGAAUACACAUUUUUUAUAUAUUAAAUCGAUCUAAAAUGCUUUUAAAAA